CAAUAAUCACCAAUUUGUCUGCAUUAGUUUCUGCACAUAUACUGUCCUUGCAACUGCAGGCAUCCGAAUUUCCGGUAAUAUGCUGAAAUCACGCUACUUAUGCCUUUCAACCUCAUGGGUUUCAAAAGGUUGAUGUAUUGGGGGAAGCUGGAGAACCCGGCUUUGGUUUUCAGUUUCUGUAACCUUCGACAGAGUUUUAGUAUAGGAUCUUUGUAACAUACCCACACCUAUACGUGGGCAAUGUUAAGGCUCUGCACUAUCAUUAAGAGUAUAAUAUCCCUAUUUAUUCCUAUGUAAACAUGCAUCGGUGGUUGCGACGUAACUUCGUUUUUUAGUUAAGUAAGAUUCAAAACAAUAUCCUGAUAUAGUCGAAUGUUUCAAUAUUUAAAAAAGCUUUUAUUGUUAAAAAUAUAAGGUUUUAUAGAGAGAAUAUCACAGCUUCGUUAAAACAUUCUUCAUGUAUUGAGAAAAAAAAACAAGAAAUUUGAAAAUAUUGUAGGAAACGAGCUUAUACAGAAAACUGUAGGUACUUCCAAUUUUUCAAAAUAAAUCCAAGAAUCCUCUCCUUUUCAAAAUCAUAUUUCCAAACCCUUUGCCUAUGUGUAUCUCAAACCAAAGAAGUUACCAUAGAAUUAAGAAAUCCUUUUUAUAGCAUAAGCUUGACUCCACUGAGAUGACACGGCACGUUGAGUUAUAAAACACUGCGUGCCGCUGCCUUUAUAAAUUGAUAUUAGCUGCAAAUAAACUAAAGGCUAAGCUUGAUUUUUUGAAUACCAGGCAUAGCCAAAGGGGCAGCUUGUUAUUUCAGUGUCUGAAAAAAAGUAUUUUCGGUUUUCUCACUGAUGCCUAAAAAUGGGUCUUAGUGCCAUUUCCAUAAAAGGCUUUAUGAGGCGUUCAGUAGUAUACACUACUUAAUCAUGUUGUUGAUGUUUUCCGUGAUUUCAUCUGAUGAUUGUAACUAUGCUAAUAGGUAUAACUGUACGGCUCUUGAUUAGCUUAUUUAACAUAUCGCUUCCUGCAUGUAUCACUUAAUUUCUCCUCCCUUCUAUACGUGUGUACAAAAUUCAUAAAGCAAUUAUUUAAGACAUUUCUAUCACCGUCUCACGCAUCUUAAGGUCAUUUCUUUUGAAAGAAACAUCAGAUUAACUAAUUCAAGCAAAUAAGUCCCAUCAUUCAGUAAUUUGCAACGCAGCGUCUAUAUAAGGACCCCAGUAAUUGGCCCAGGUCCAGUUUUGUUAGUUUCUUGCGCGCGUGUGACUGUGUGAUGGUACAGUGAUACUAUAUUAAUAAGAAUGCUCAAACACGUAGCCCUAGCCUUACUUUUAAGUUACACAGUAGCUUUCCCAGAUGGAGGCAACAACGUAAAGACCACCGAGCCCAUCGUUACGACGUCGGGUGGCCAAAUCAAAGGAUCCGUCUUGAAAUCUAGGCUAGGAAAACCUAUUUAUUCUUUUAGAGGUAUAAGAUAUGCUAAGGCUCCAGUCAAUGAAUUAAGAUUUAAGCCACCAGUUCCCAUUGAAAAGUGGGAAGGGGUAUAUGAUGCCAUAAAAGAUGGACCACUAUGUCCGCAAGCUACAACUGAUCCCGUAUCUGAAGACUGCCUACUCUUGAAUGUCUACAGUACCAAGCUGCCAGAAGGAGCUGACAAGCCCAAACGUCCAGUCAUUGUAUUCAUCCACGGUGGAGCUUUCUACAGCUUGGGAGCAGCAAGCUACUGGUAUGGACCGCAGUACGUGAUGGACCAAGAAGUUGUUUUGGUCACAUUCAACUACCGAUUGGGAGCUCUAGGUUUCCUGAGCACAGGAGACAAAGAAGCCCCUGGGAACAACGGCUUGAAAGAUCAGGUGGAGGCUCUGAAAUGGGUGAAGGCUAACAUCGAAGCUUUUGGCGGUGAUCCGACUUCAGUAACUUUGGUCGGCCAAAGCUCUGGAGCGUGGAGUGUUAUUUUGCACAUGGUAUCCCCGAUGUCCACUGGACUCUUUGAGAAGGCAGUAGCCAUGAGCGGCUCACCCUUAGGUCCUUGGCAAAUUCCUCAUAAUCAGUUGGAUGUAGCUAAAAAACAAGCCAAAUUGGUAGGCUGUCCAGAUGAUACCAGCGCCAACAUCGUGAAAUGCCUCAAGACCAAGCCUUUCAAUGAGCUAGGGCAGUCUCUACCAAAAUUCAAGGAAUUCCUUGAUGAUCCAGUAAUGAUCUGGUCUCCGACCAUUGAAAUAGAUCAAGGACAACCAAGGUUCUUAACAGCGCACCCUAUCAAUCUCAUCACCAACGGACAGUUCAAGAAGGUUCCGUUCAUGACUGGUCAGACCAAGGACGAGCUUGGACACAGAGCAUUUGCCAUAAUCAAAAACGAGACUGCCAUGAAGGAAUUGAACGCUAAUUGGGAGAAGCUUGCGCCUAUUGCCUUUGGCUAUGAAAGAAACACGGAGCAGUCGAAAAUUGUAAGCAAGGCUGUCAAGACCUUCUAUCUGCAAGACAAACCCAUCGAAAAGUCGCAACUGACAAAUCUCGCACAGAUGUAUGCUGAUGCUCACAUUGGAUUUGCGGUCAAUAGAGCUGCCAAGCUGUUUGCUGAAUACAACAACAAUUCUGUAUAUUAUUACAGAUUCAGCUACCAAGGUCGUUACAGUAACUUCUACACCCCAGAGAGUAACAAGACUGCUCCUUAUGGAGUUGUCCACUUUGAUGAUCUGAUCUACCUAUUCCACAAUGAUAAACUAUUCCCGUUAUUCAAAGAGACAUCCCCGACUGAAAUUGAGAUGGUCGCGAAAUAUACUACAAUUUUGUACAACUUUGCAAAGACUGGAAACCCCAUUCCAACGCCCAAUGAGAAACUGGACAAUAUCAAGUGGGAACCAUUCACGGUGAAGGAGCAAAAAUAUAUGGAGAUCGGCAACAAGCUAUCCAUGCACGAAAAGCUCCACGAGAAACGAUUUUCAGAAUGGGAGAAGCUAUACCCACUAAGCAUCUACACGAAGAACAAGCAAAGUCAUUAAGGCGUUCUACAAGAGUUUUUAUUCUGUGAAUAGACUCAUUUGUAUAAUGAAAUGGAAAAAUCACGAAUAUGUCAUAAUUAUAUAUAAGUUGAUAAUUUUGUCAAUAAAACCGACUUGUUAACAGUU